CGGAGAGCGACGUUGACUCCCACGGGCGUUCUAACCUCACACGCAACUCGAUUGCUAGCUCACGCUAGAUAUAUAUACUCCUUCCUCGGUUUUUGAGAACUGCCCAUUCUUUCUGUUACCUUCCAAGUGCGUGCAGAGCCGUCUCUGCAGUAUUAUUACCCACGGGCGGAGGCUGCCAGUUCGCCGUUUUGCCGCUCGUGGUCAACUUUGCGCGUACUGGUCGAUCGCCACUGGAUCGGACAGAUGCUUCUCACAUCCGCGGCAAGAAUUACUAGCAUAUCUGCACCGUCCCGAAGGUCCUCGAGGAUAAUUUAGAUCCCGACCGUUGGUCUAGCGCGUUUCCUGAUCACUCCACGUCGGACAUUCUCGGUGCCGUCUCGAUGCGGUGACUCGACGCAAGAAGUAAAGUCCUGCGUGUUUAGAUUCAACUGGGCGCGGCUCCGUUCAUUCGCCAUUGAAGAUUGAUCGCGUAUGUUUUUGUCUUCGGUACUUGCCUCUAACGCUACUCCUUCCUGCCCCGAUAUACCAUUCGUUAUGAACGACAGUCGUGAUGUCUUGGCGAAUCGGGGGGCUUCCCAUGCGGAGGCCAGUGCGAACAGCGACGGCGUGACCUUGAACACAUCAACAGAGCGAGAUUCCAGGAAACCGGUUCACGCAGAUCAUAUCCAAGUCCCACGAUCCCCUCAGCUUUUAUCCUUGCGAGUAGAUGGAUUGAAUUUCGGGAUUCACGACAAGAAUAACCACGGUGCCGCCUAUGUUGAAACCCCCGAACGUGGUAGCGACACCUCCGCAGAUGCUCGACGGCCAGAAUCACAUUCCGCGAGCACCUUCACAGACCUACCCAGCCUACCUGCCCCUGUAUCCAACGCUUGUGAGCAACCCGCCGAGUUGGACAAUCCCCGUUCCUUCGUCGAGAACUCGCAGUCAUCACAAACAGAGCCAAACUCGGAGAAUUCCCAGGACUCUUCGCAUACGCUGUCGUUUAAUGGAAAUGGAGUAGAUAUACUUCCUCCACUAAAAUCGGAACAAAGCACCAAUGGUUCAGUUUCCCCUGUACGAUCUCCCAAACAUCAUGCAUCGCAAUCGGGCAUCGAGACAAAAUUUGCUCCCGGGCACAAGAGGACAGCAACUGGAGACAUCAAGCCUAUCUCGGCGCAGCUCAUUACACCGCAAUCUUAUGAUGUAGAAGGGGCUUCACGGCGUCGUUCAAAAAGCACAGGUUCUCCUGCACAUGGGAGCCGUAUCGCACAGUUGUCUGUUCACAUUCGGACGCGAUUGUCCUAUGCGGCAGCCAAGAUAGAAAAGUCCCGACAGUCACAAACCAGUUCUCAGCUCGCACUACGUGGACUAGACAACCUAUCUUCUCUAGACUCGCAGACCACGAGUGGCUCCGGAUCACCACUCAGUUCAAACCCGACAUCUCACCCCACCUAUAAUUCAAGCGCCUCAACUCCUCGACCUUUCCUGUCCCAUCACCGUUCUCAGUCGGCGCUUUCGUCGCAUGGUAAACUCCUUGCUAUUCCUAAAUUGGCACCACCUGUGGAUAUAAUCUCUUCAAAUGGAGACACGCGGCGACGACGACCAAACCCGAAUGAGCCCCUUCAGAAGCCGGUUGGUCGGAGUCCAUACUCUCAUCACAAACGGCAUCAUUCAACCCAGGAAUUGUCCGUGGACAAUUCAAUGAAUGGUUCACCGAGGGUCAUGGGGCCUGGGACGCCAUAUAUUCCUCCUUUUUCGCGUGCGCCUACAUCAUCCCAAGAGGGGUCUCAUGGAACCAGAACCCAAUCUCAAAACACGUCAAUGGAGCAGGAUGCAAUUGAAACACUCCUGUUCAUGUCUAGUCCCGAAAACUCAGGCUAUCGUUCAAGUCCAAGGCCAUUGCAGCCUCUGGCGACGCAGAGGAGUCUGAAUGAAUCGAUAUAUUCCAGCCAUAAUGGAAUCGGGUCUCAUCCCAGCCAAGGCUCACAAAGAAAUGGGUCGCAGAACAGUGGGAAUGCGACCAAGUACAAAAUCCUUGGCUUGGGGCUGGAGGCCAACGCGGGCGAUGAAAUCGACCGCAUUUUAGACCAGAUGGAGAGCGAUAGCGAGGAUGAUUCUCAGUAUGCAUCGCACCGUCUUCAUGCCAAAACUCAGUUCAGGGGGCACCAGGGACGUCCACGGUGAUCUCUUUGAUCAUGAUGGUUGAUUUUUGCUUGCAUUUGAAUUUGCCAAUUCGCAUUUGGGGGUCAUAUUGCAUGCAUUUACGCAGGCCUGUCAGGCUAAUUGCAUUCGCAUCGUAUACAUGCUAAUUAAUGAUAUUUAGACUGGAUCAUUACGUUUUCCGAAUCACGUCGUAGCCGGAAGCUGGCAAUAUGUUAAAAUUUGUCUAUCCGUAUGCAAGAGUUCUAUGAAUUAG